GACGCGUAUAGCAGCGCAUCGCCUCCCGUCGUUCCUCUCGUCGACGGUGAAAGAGAGAGUUCGUCGUCGCGUUCGCGCGUCUCCUGCAGCCCCCCUCGAUCACGGAUCCGCUCGCGCGAUAGCCCACGGUAGUCCGAGUGGAGUGAGAACGACUCGCGCCCGCGGCUACUCGAGUCGGUGCCGCGGUGCGACUUUCCGGAGCGGCGGCGCCGCGAGAGAGAACAGGUUGAAGCCGUUGAAGGAGAAAAGCGUCGUCCGGUGUUGCUCCGCUCGCAACCUAUAUAUUUUUCCCGUGCAUGGAAGAAGGGCCAUGUAACCUAUGCUAGUGAAGUGUAGCAAAUGGAAGGUUUUAAGGUGAAAGAUGAACCGAUGGAUGCAUUAGCCAUAGACAGUCAGGUUAUGGUAAACUUUUUGUAUGAAAACGACAGCAGGAUGAGAACAUUGUGAGCGUCGUGCUUAAGGAGGAACCAGGCGACAGAUUCGAUCCCGACUACAUGGAGGAUAUUUGUUCAGGCACUUUCGAGAAGGGCACUCUCUUUUUGCCUAUCGAAAACAAUGAGGUGGAUUUCUCCAACGAGAUGGUGAAGUUGGAGCUAGAAGGAGAAUCGACCAGUCACCAGAACUGGUCGCAAAUAGCGAAUGCUAAUUUAUGCGAUAAAGACGAUGUGAUGCAGCGAUGCUUGGCUAACGCAAAUUUUAUACAGACGCAAGACUCUGACAAACACCAUGGAUUCUGCCAGAACGGACAGCAACCGAAAUUCUAUAAGAUCCAAUGCGCAAUCUGCAAGAAAUGGUUUCUUAACAACGAUUCCAUGGUGACGCAUCUACGAUCGCACUGUAGCGGAAAUCAAUGCGAGGUUUGCCAACAGAGCUUCACUGACAACUCUAACCUACAUGCCCACAUGUUAUCUCAUGUCGGAAUGAGCCCGUUCGAAUGCAACAUUUGUCAGAAAAAAUUCGCUUACAAAUGGAGCUUGAGAAGCCACAUGCAAUUACACACAUUGGAAAAACCGUACGAUUGCGACGCAUUGCAACAGGCUUUCAUGAAACGAGCCGGGAUGGCCGAGCAAAUAAUGCAGAUGGAGGAUAGACCCUUUGAAUGUGACGUAUGUCACGUGACGUUUAAAGAGAAGAUUAAUUUGAAUCGGCACAUGGCAAACCACGCAAACGCGGACAAGCCCUACAAGUGUACGAUUUGCUUCGAAGCGUUCAAGGAAAAAGCGAAGUUGAAUAUGCAUUUGCCGCUGCACACGGGGAACAAGCAUUUCAAGUGUACGCUGUGCCACAGAUCGUUCGCCCAGAAAACCGCACUCAACAAUCACAUGCUGGCGCACAGCGGCGAGAAACCGCACGCGUGUAACAUCUGCGAGAAAACGUACAAGAGAAAAUCAGAAUUGAUCAGGCAUACUAUGGUUCACACCGGCGAGAGACCGUACGAGUGUAAGGAAUGUUUGAUGACUUUCCGAGAGAAGGCCAAACUAAAUUCUCACAUGUUGGUUCACACCGGUGAGAAACCGCACGAGUGUCACAUCUGCCACAAGGCGUGCGCGAGGAAAUCGGAUUUGAACAGUCACAUGUUGUUGCACACCGGUGGUCAAUAUGAUUGCAAGGUCUGCGACAAGAUUUUCACCAGAAAGUCCGAUCUAAAUCGGCAUACUCUAAUACACACUGGUGAGAAACCGUUUGCGUGCAAUUUAUGCGAUAUGGCGUUCAGAGAGAAGACCCGACUGAACUCGCACAUGAUCAUACACACAGGCGACAAGCGACACGCGUGUCACAUUUGUCAGAAAACAUUUAAGGAGAAGUCGUCGUUAAGGAAACACAUGUUAAGUCACACCGGCGACAGACCGUACGAAUGUUAUGUCUGUCAUAAAGCUUUUACGCAGAAAACUACGUUGAACAGCCAUGUCAUGGUUCACGCCGGUGAGAGACCAUAUGAAUGUAGUACUUGUCAAAAAAUAUUUAAGGACAAAGCGGCGUUAAAAAAGCACUUGUUGGUGCACGUUAAUGAAAAAACUCAUGAAUGUCUUAUUUGUAUGAAAAAAUUCGCCCAUAAAACAGCAUUGAAUAGUCACUUAUCCUCAAAUCACAUAUCCUAACUACACGGAUCUAGUCUAUUACGGCUUUCUGUUUCUUUACAUUGAGCACCGUAUGUUUGUAGUUGUAUAGCAUAUUUCCAUAAUGAUGACACCUGUAUCUGUUUUAUAUACCAAUAGGUCUGAUAAAGUCGUAUUUUUUCCUGUGUAUGGACAAAUAAUAAAUUAAUUUCUAAGUAA